AUGGUACCAGAUAAUCUCACCCUCAGCAAGACAUAUGCAAAUCCCGAAUUGGAUGCUCUGCGGACAAUCGCCUCGAUAUCAGGAUGCAUCAGCGACCGCGACCGAAUGAGACAAGAUACUCCUUUUAGCACUAUAACACGCAUGGUUGAGGAGAUUAGGCAGCUUAAAGUUCUAAUUCCAGAUGAAAGGAACGAUUCAGUCUUUGCCCAUCCCAUUACAUAUGCAAUUCUGAGACUUUUCAAGCAUACCCUCAACACGAUGAUCCAUCUCCCGUAUUCACAGUUUGCGGCUUCCGAUAAGCAAUUCGAGUAUACCAGGGUUGAAGUCUUGGAAUCAGCUGAAGGCGCGAUACGAGCUCAUCAAGACAUGAGAGAUAUGCAAGAUACAGUGGCGAAGUGUCAUCUAUACGAUUUCCUUGCAUUUAACGCUGCCGUUAUACUUGUCACAGACUUGGCAGCGAAGGAAACUCCUCGUUCGGCAGAAGAAGAAGAGCGCAUCUGGACUGUGAUUACAGAGUUAGUGAGCAGACUGAGGAAGACGGGCGAAUCGUUGGAGAGUGCAACAGCUGAACAGGCGGCUGAGGUGCUUGAGAACCUUCAUAGAGCAUGCAAAGGCAUAUACCGGGGCCAUGAAUUCCACAGGCAAAUUGCAUUGUUAGGGAAAGUCCAGAUCAGUCGAGCUACGGAACAGCACGGAGACGUAGAGGCUUCUACGACUACCGUUCUACUCGAGACAAACACUUAUACUUUUCGAGUACCAGACGAGCAUUUGACAGAGAAGGAAUUGGCCGAUGACUGGAGUGCUCAGACGACGCUGGAUUUGAAAUAUGGCUGGAGAGGUUCACCGCCAAAGGGUCUUGACCAGCCUAUCCCUGAUCCUUUCACUCGUCUGGACAGAGGAACAUAUCUGCAUGACCGUCCUGAGAAAGAUGUCUACAAGCUUCUUAUUGAUACUUACCGCCUGCGCGUUGAGGACAUGUACCGUCUCGAGGGCGAGGUCGAACAAGAUAGCCUCUACAGCGGCGCGAGUGAUGGCUUAGCUGGGUUUAAGAAAUUCCUUCGCAAGGUAUCGACUCAAAAGGGACUGCUUCCUCCAUGGUGGACACCCGAGAAGCGGAAAGAGUGCGAAGAAUUUGGCAUGACUUCUUCGGAGCCGAGUCUGAAGACUGGAGUUGAGAAAGCCGACAUCAUUGAGCACUACGGAGACUCUCAGUUCCCGAUGCAGCUCAGAAUGCUCGGAGAAUGUAAGAAGAUCUAG